UAAAUUAAAAUAUUUUUUAUUGUAUGAUGCAUGAAUUUGAUUUGAUCACGUUUUUAGGUUUUGGCUUUGAUCUGUGCCGAACUUACCGACAAGCAUUCAAUUUAAUACAGUAAAGCGGCGCAGAUCACAAAGAACGAGUCAUUGCACUCAAGCAUCUUAGAGAAACACUUGCAAGAAAAGGAAAGCAAUACAUUUGACUAUCCUAUUAGUUUAAAAACUUCAGCGUUCAUUCAAAAUCUACUUGUCAAGAAGAAACUGGAAAGAAGAGGAAGCUUGCAUAGGCAGUCCUUAUCCCCGUUUAUGAUCACUAGAAUAUAAACAACGUGCUAAACUUGUAAAAAGUAUUUCUUUAUAAAGUGUAUGUGGAUGUUUGUGAAAGCUAUUUGAGAAUCGAUAUAGUUUAAAAGUUGAUCAUGAAUUCAUGAUGGGGUUAAUAACGAAGUCUUUGGCAAGCAAAACAUAAAAGAAAUCGUUAGUAUUUCUGUUACAAGCACAUGAUCAAUUUCUGAUGAAUAUAUGUAGGCAGUCAACAUUAAAGUCAUAAAAAUGUCGUCAAAGUCUGACAACCACAUAAAGCGUCCAAUGAAUGCUUUUAUGGUUUGGUCUCGUGCAGAGAGAAAGAAAAUGGCAGAAGAAAACCCAAAGAUGCAUAACUCCGAAAUAUCAAAACAGCUUGGUGAAUUAUGGAAAGAGCUAACUGAAGAAGAUAAGAAACCACAUGUCGAAGAAGCGAGACGUCUUCGAGCAGAACAUAUGAAAGAACAUCCUGAUUACAAAUACAGACCAAGACGUAAACCAAAAUCAUUGUUGAAGAAAGACCGCUACGCAUUUCCUUUACCAUUUCAACCCAUGGUGGAAUCAUUGACAAAAUAUCCGAAUUUUCCUUCUACAAGAUCAUUUAUGAAUGCGGAUUAUGCACAAGCCAUGAAGACGAGAUCAAUUUCAGCUACGUCACCAAGAAACAGACUUGAAACGACCUCAUAUAUUCACGCUUAUAAAGGAAAUACAUCAAGACCUGAACUUGCGUCUGUGUCGCCAUACUAUCCCCCCCAUUAUCCUUCUAUGACAUCCCAAUCGAUACCAAAUCAUACAGCCAUGAUUCCUUCUUCAACUGGUUUCACAAACUCUCCUUCUCAAACUCAUAUUCAUCAUUGCGACACUGCAACUGGAGCGUAUGCUGUACCGUGCAACUGUCCUUGGCCAAACACUGACAUGAAGAGCAGACCUGUUGCUUAUGUAUUAUUCUAAAAUUGAAAUUGAGACGACAGUACUGAAGAUAUAUUUCAUUCUCACUGAUUCAAUUUGUAAUAUAGUCAUUUUCAUGUUUAUAGUUUUAGAAAAUAUUUACUGACUUGUAUCCUUUUCCUUAUCAAUUAAGUCAGUGUAUUGUCCCAUCUUCAAUUGAAACAAUGUGUACAAUUCAAAAUAUUAUAA